CAAGGGUUUAAGUAACAGUACUCAACGCUGAUCAGAUGGUCUCAGAUGAUGAGAUAGAAAUUAUCGGUGAGAGAAGCUCACGGCCAUCCUGUGCUGGCCCAACAUUGUGCCAGUUGUGUGACAUGAACUUCGACUCCGAGAACCUCAGCGAACUCCAGCGCCAUCAGCACUAUGAAGCCCACUUUAACUCCAGCUCUAGUAAACAACCUAGUACUGAUAAAUUCAGGAAGCCAGCGAUACCCAAAGACUUGUUCAAACCUUGCAAUUUCCAACUGCCACUUAGGAAGAAACCAGCAGAUGAAUUUUGGUACCCUACCCUAUCGAGGCCGCCACCUGACAACUGCUAUCCAGGCUUGAUCCCGCUCUUGAAGCAUGCCUUGAAGAAAUGUCAUACCAAAGGAAGCACCUGCCGAGCUGUUCUCUGCUAUGAAUCGGCUACUCAUAUCUGUGUCGAGGCAUUUGACCGCCGGUGGGGAUGUGGAUAUCGCAAUUUCCUCAUGGCAUGCGCUGCGCUCAUGGACCAGCAAAUCCAGAACAUAUACUUUGCCUUACUAGACGAUCCCUUUCCCCCUGGUGUUCGCAAUCUGCAAUGUUGGAUAGAAGCUGCGUGGAAGGAAGGUUAUGACCGUGAAGGCGCCAAAGACUUAGGGAGCCUGGUAGACACAAACAAAUGGAUUGGUACAGCAGAACUCUAUACUGCAUUCACAUUUCGCGGAGUCCCCUCACAGCUAGUAGAUUUUGAUCUUUCAAAAAGCGAGAAAGGGGUUCAAGUUAUGAUAGACUGGAUUGUCCAGUACUUUUCGCCACCAAAUCCAAAACAAGGCACGGUGACUGAUGUCCUGCGCGGCGCUUCACCCGUGAUUGCAACGAACAAAAUGCCUCUUGUUCUGCAGUUCAAUGGACAUUCUCAAACAAUCAUUGGAUACGAGAUCUUAAAGAAUGGGGACACAAAUCUUCUCGUAUUUGAUCCUUCAAGGCCACCUAGACUGAACAUGCGUCGAGCUGCGAUAGCCGGACCUUCAUCUGUUGUAUGGGAACAGUCUCGGACAAAUCAAGUGCUACAGUCCGUCGUACACCCAAUGUCUAACGGAUACUCCUCGAAGCUGAAACGUCCUUCGUCAUCUUCCGAUAUGCAACAACACAAACGAACGAAAUCAUUUGAGUUAGACGAUGAGAUCAUCAUCGUGGAAGACUCUCACGCACCCAAGGAUAGCCAGGGAUCGGGCGUUUCUUUAGGUCAGACACAGCCGUUGACACUUGACCCUAACAAUGUCGUGAAUCACUUUCGGCUUAGCAUGCGUAAACUGCAGCGCAAGCAAAACUACCAGAUACUGUACUUUCCCAUGACCGAUCCAUGGUCCAUCGAAGAACGUAACAAGCGAAAGGUUGUAACGAGCAUCUCAUGUUGUUGAUUUUUCUUGAUUUGACCCACCAGUCAUGUUUCCCAGUAAUUCUUUAGCAUCAACCUCGUAAUUUGACAUGUGCAUCUGUACAGGACAGUGUAAAUCCAGGCGAGAUCGAGGUUUAAGGUUUAAUGAGGGAUACAGUGCCUUCCAAGCAUUUGUUCAGCCAAACCUGACAGAAUAUAGUUUUUGCUCAGCUGAA